AUGGAGUCAUUUACACACGCUUAUGAUGAAAAGAUUCGUCCACUAAUGGAUAGAAUUGAUCAGGCACGAUCAUUGCUAUCCUCAAACAAUGAUGGUAUUAAAUUUCCGACUGUUGUUGUCGUUGGAGAUCAAUCAAGUGGAAAAUCGACAUUAUUGGAAGCAUUAUCGUUAGUUGAACUGCCCAAAGGUUCUGGUAUUGUUACUAGAUGUCCAUUGGUAUUAAGAUUACGAAAAGCAAAUGCAAGAAAAGUAUAUCGAUUGGAAGAUAAUAAUAAAAAAAUCCUACUAGACGAAACCAAAUUGAAUAUCUUACAAUACAUUGAAGAAGAGACGUCGAAGUUAGCGGGUAACCAGAAAAAUGUCGUUCAUGCUCCAAUUGAAUUGCAAGUAGAAGAUCCUCAAGUACGCGAUUUGACUGUAGUUGAUCUACCUGGUAUAGCACGAAAUCCAAUUGCCGAUCAGCCCAAAGAUAUCCAUGAACAGACAACAGAUUUAAUUCGUAAGUUUAUUAAACAAGAAGGUAGUGUCAUACUGUGUGUCUUUCCGGCUAAUGUCGAUGUUGCAACAGUUGAAUCAUUCACAUUAGCACGAGAAGUUGACCCGAAGGGUAUUCGAACGAUCGGGGUUAUUACUAAAUCGGAUCUUGCUCCGAAUCAUGAUGCGCUGGCUCAACAGUUACUGAUGGAGAGACCCGAUGUUCUUCAUUUGAAAUUAGGUUUUGUUGCGGUUCGCAAUCGUAGUACAGAUGAAAAACUAAGUUUAUCUGAAGCACGAAAACGUGAAAAAGAAUUCUUUAGUAAACACCCCAUUGGAGCUAUGGUAGGAUCUCAUUGUCUAGGCAUUGAUGCAUUAAUCAAUCGUUUAGCUGAUCUAUAUGCUGAUCGCGUCCAGGAUACAUUUCCCAAAAUGCGAGAUGAGGUACAUAGGAAAUUAAAAGAAGUUUGUGAGCAAUUAUCAAAACUACCACCGAAUCUCGAAACAGCGUCAGCACGCUUAGCCAAAUAUCAUGAAUUGGCAGAUUUCUAUGUCGAAAAUAUUCUUCGAGUACGGUUUACUAGUUCAAACGAUGGUCAACGUGCGAGUAUGGUCAAUAUUCUACACAGUAAUUUUAAGAAAUUUGAAGGUAUCGUUCAACAUCAAAGUCGUGAAUUUGAUUCAACAAACUAUCUUGCGAAACUUCAAGUUGCCAUGUCGGCAUGUUUUGGUGAACAACUACCGAAUUUUUUACCUUAUCCAGUGUUGAAAGGUCUCAUAUGUGAGAAGUUGGGUCAACUUUGGUAG